AGUCGUCCGCUGGUGUUGCACUGUGGGAACUCCAAAAUGGCGCUGAACGUGGGCGAAUUACUCGCUUAUCAGCCUGACCGUGAGUCCAUCGCCAAGCGUGGACAUGACGAUGAUGAUAACGAUGAGGAUGACCUGGACAGGCCGGUGCGGAAGGCGCGUGUCCGAGACGUGGAGCGGUACAGGAGACACAGCCCUGCACAGCAGACAGGCAUGUCUGAGGAGGAGAAGGCUGUGAUUCUGGAGAAGUUAGAACAGGAGGAUGACAUGGAGACCCUGGAUGAGGCGGCCCUGAAGAGGAUGAUCCUGACGUUUGAGAAGCGAGUCUACAGAAACCAGGAGAUGAGGAUCAAAUAUCCUGACAGCCCAGAAAAGUUCAUGGAGUCAGAGCUGGAGCUCCAUGACACCAUCCAGGAGCUGCAUGUGAUCGCCACUGCUCCGGAGUUGUACCAUCACCUGGUGGAGCUGAAUGCUGUCCAGUCACUCUGUCAGAUGCUCAACCACGAAAACACUGAUAUCUCCAUUGCUCUGGUGGACCUGUUACAGGAGCUGACUGAUGUAGACACCCUGAAUGAGAGUGAGGAGGGAGCAGAUGCUCUCAUAGAGGCACUGUUGGAUGCCCAAGUUUUUGGGAUGUUGGUGACCAACCUGGACCGACUGGACGAGUCUGUGAAAGAGGAAGCUGAUGGAGUUCACAACACACUGGGUGUCAUAGAAAAUAUUUUAGAGUUCAAAGCCGACAGAGCGAACGACGCCGCACAACAGGGUUUGAUGCCGUACCUGCUGAAAAGGAUAAAGGCAAAGAUGCCAUUUGAUGCCAACAAGCUAUACUGCAGUGAAAUGUUAGCAAUCAUCCUACAAAACAGUGAAGAAACCAGAGAACAGCUUGGAGAGCUGGAUGGAAUCGACACACUGCUUCAACAACUAGCUACAUUCAAGCGGCACAACCCAGCCAACAGUGAGGAACUUGAGAUGAUGGAAAACCUGUUUGACUGCCUGUGUUCUGCCCUGAUGCUGCCAGCCAAUAGGGACAGGUUUCUGAAGGGGGAGGGGCUUCAGCUCAUGAACCUGAUGCUCAGAGAGAAGAAGAUGUCCAGGAACAGUGCCCUGAAGGUGCUGGACCACGCCCUGACAGGACCAGAGGGUGUGGACAACUGCACCAAGUUUAUUGACAUCCUCGGCCUGCGCACCAUCUUCCCUCUCUUCAUGAAGACACCCAAACCUAAUAAGAAGAUUGGCAGGAUGAAGGAAGAACAUGAAGAGCAUGUUGUGUCCAUCAUUGCCUCACUGCUGAAGAACGUCAAGAGUAACCAGAGACAGAGGCUACUGAACAAGUUCACAGAGGCUGAUCAUGCAAAGGUGGAUCGCCUGAUGGAACUUCACUUCAAGUACCUGGACAAGGUUGGCGCGGUGGAUGCGCAGAUCGAGCGCGAGAAAGUGGCGUUACGUCGCCAGGGCGAAGAGGUGGACGAACCAAUGGAGGAAGAGUUCUAUUUGCGGCGACUGAACACCGGACUGUUCACCUUACAGCUGCUCGACUAUAUCAUGUUAGAGAUCUGUAGUACAGGACCAGCCAGUAUCAAGCCCAGAGUGAUGCAGAUCUUAAACCUGAGAGGAGGAUCCAUUAAGGCCAUCCGUAACAUCAUCCGAGAGUAUGCAGCCAAUGUCGGUGAUGCAAAGAGCACUGAAACCAAGGAGGCAGAGCAACAGAGGUUACUGAGUCUUGUGGACAGAUUCUAGCAUGGUUGUCAGGGGGGGGGGAGGGGGGUUAUAGAAUUACUUCUUACAGAAUAUUGACAUCAGUUCCAUUUCUUUAGACGUCAUUAUGAUUUUUUUUU